CCCAAAUAUACACCAACGACAACAUGGCGGACAGCUCGAUCGAUGCCGCAGUCCAAGCGCUGGUGGACUCGAACAACGGCAUCUUGGAAGUGUCGUCUGUGGAAAACAAGGACGGAGUCAAGGUUAACCGGAUCAAGUGCACGGCGACGGGCCAUGAAAUGCCUCCUCGGGCGGAUAUCGUGACCGCCCACUUAAACUCGAAGCGGUUCAAGAAGGCGACGGAAUGGUACAGCUACGACUUUGCGCAAUUCGAACCAUAUAUUGUCGCCCAUCGACGCAAGCCGAAGUGCUUGUAUUGCAACGUGACUGGGAUUGUGCUGAACAAGAUCCCCGCAGAGGUCGAGAAGCACAUGAAAGGCAAAAAGUUUCUGCGGAUGAAGGAGCACGUCAAGUUCUUUGACGAGGCCGAGAUCGACAACGAUGACGACGACUUCGACGCAAACAAGUUUGAGUUUCUAAAUCGGCAGUUGGUCGGGUCCGACGACGAGGAAGAUAGUUCAGGCGAGUCGGACGACGAAGACGUCCCCAAGAGAAAACGCAAGGGCGGCAAGAAGGGCAAUGAUAGCGACGAGGACAUCGACGCCAUAUUCUACAAGGACCACAGUGACGAAGAAGGCGACGACAUCAAGUCGAACGAAGAAGGCGGUAUUGAAAGUGACAUCGCAGCUGACGAUGACGACGAGCGUCCAAAAGCCACGUUUGUAAAGAAAUCCGCAGCAACGUCAAGCAAACUGCCACCGAAGCGAAAACAAGCGUCAUCUGCAGUCAAACCAACCAAAAAGCAGAAAAAAUAAAGAUGCAAGAGCCCUGCAAUUCCACACGUUUCGGAGAUGAAUAUUU